AUGCAUGUCUUCGACAUAAACCAAUCAGUACAGACUGUAGACUGGGAAGGUAUCUGGACAAGGUUGCGGGAGAAAAAGCGGGUAGUGAUGGAUGCCAGAUUUAAAAAGAAAAGUGGCGAUAUUAUCGACAUAGAAAUUACCCAAAACCUGAUGGUGUACGAGGGGCAUGAAUACACCUGCAGCAUCGUUCGUGAUAUACGUCAGCGAAAAAUGGAGGAGGAAUUACUGCGUACGGUUUCGGAAGCUACUUCAGGUCUUACCGGUGAGGAUUUCCUGAUUGAACUGGCAAGGCACAUCACCAUGACGCUUACAAUGCGCUAUGCUCUGAUCACUGAAUGUGCCAAUGAUGAAAAGACGCGGCUGCGUACAUUAUGUUAUGUGGAUGGUGAGAAAGUACUCGACAAUAUCGAAUAUGAUACAGCGGGUAUACCCUGUGAGAUCAUCAUGCAGGGAAAAGAAUUUUUUAUGCCGGAAGGUGUGCAAGCUAAAUUCCCAAAAGAGGAAGGAAUAGAGUCUGCCGUUGGCGUACCUAUUUACAGUACGAAGUCAGGUGAGAUCAUCGGUCAUAUACUUGCGAUUGAUCCGCAUUCGGCUACUACAGAGAAAAACCAGGCAUCAAUACUCAGGAUAUUUGCAGCAAGGGCAGGCGCCGAAAUAGAAAGAAUGAAAGCGGAAAAGGAGCUGGCAAAGGCAAAUGAACAAUUGAUCCUGCGAUUAAAAGAAAUUGAGAAGCUAAAAAACCAGCUACAACUUGAGAAUAAAUACCUGCAGGAAGAGAUCAAGCUGACCUAUAAUUUCGAAGAGAUUAUAAGCCGCAGCAGGGAUUUUCAAAAAGUAUUGCACCAGAUUCAACAAGUAGCUUCAACGGAUGCCACAGUACUUAUAUUGGGUGAAGUCAGGUACCAGGGAAAGAAUUAA